AUUACCGAUGUAGGUAGCUAGGUGUAGCUUCAAUACCUUUCGUAUAAUCGAAAUUUUGUAUGUAGAUUUUUAUAUAAAUUCCGCGUUUCUUUCUCUACUAGUUAUCUUACCUAGUUCUUUAUCUCUUAGUUUAAGCAACCUAUUACUAGCCUAAGAUCAAUUUGCUAUCAAAAACAUCAAGUACAUAAUAUGCUUUCCAUGGUUAGGGAUAGGACUGACCCUCCUUUAUACAAUCUCACUACAGCCCUCAGCAAGGAUAAACAUUGUAUCAAUACUGCGAUAGAUGAGCGGACACUCUCUACCUUAACCAGUGAUGCCAUCCAAAUAGUGAUUAAUAAUGACAAUAGCCAAGUUGCAUGUGGUAAGAUUAUAAACGAGAAAGAUCUCCGCCGAGUUACUUUGACUACUACACCUAUAGAAUCUUUCAAAGCUGAUGGGUCGACAUCUACCACUAUCUGCGACCCUAGCUUUGAAGCGUCCUUCGAUCUCAACAAUAGCCCUUCAAUCUUGCAGACCUCGGUGGAUGAUAUUCAAAUCAAUGAAGUCAAUCUCGAUGAUCCUGGUACCAAGCCUAGUUCGGACGCUACAAAUGCUACCAAGGGGGUAAAAGACGACCUUGAACAUCUCUCAGCUUCUAAAGCUUCUACAAUACAGUCAGGAUGUUCCCAUCGUCUUUGUAAAACAGAGUCAAGCUCUGUUCGUAGCUUAUUCAUCCAUGUCGGAGGACCGCGCUGCAUAUGCCGGUGGAAAUGGGGAUCUACGAUUACAUUUAGUGUCAAGUCAGAGAGCUUUAACGAUGACCACGAAUCAUACGAGCAUACCAUCGCGAGCGCUGAAAAGGCGGCUAUGGAGUGGAACAAAGGCGAAAUUGGCAUCAGAUUUCAGCGAGUCACGGAAAACAUGCCGGCUGUGUUCCAGAUCACAUACGCCGGCGUCUGCCGACCCGACCCAAGACUAUUUGCAGAAGCGUUCUUCCCUGGCGACUCUCCGCCGAAACGGCAACUACAGGUGUAUGCACCAUGCUUCGACAAGAACGCACGAUUUCAUGAGUAUAUGGCUAAUAUCCUCUACCAUGAAUUUGGACACAUUCUAGGCCUGCGGCAUGAGUUUGCCGACGAGGAAGCUUGGGAUUCAGUGCUCGUUGGUGGGCGCAAUCGUUUAUCGGUCAUGAAUUAUUUCGAUCAUCCAAGCGAGAUUCAAAUCCAGGACGACGACUACGCCAACACGAAGCGGUUCUACAGUUCCGACGAGUUAAGGGGGUGCAUGAUUAUUGAAGAAGACCCCGAGAGCCUCGAGCAGUGCUACAUUGGCAAUAGGAGUCAAUCUACGGAAGUCGCCUUCAAAAGUUUUGUCCAUAGGCCAGCCCCUAUCAGCUUGACAAGGCUUGGCAGCAACUGGCAGCCAUAAUAACAAAUGUACCUCCAAAUAUACUGUACUUUGAUUUACUAAUUACACUUCGAAUAUAAAAGCUAAUUUAUUAAAAUAUAUACUAUAAUACAGUUAAGCUAUUAUAUUUUCUUAA